AUGGGAUCCAGCUCAUCAACAUACCGGUCCAAGUGUGUUUUCCUGGAUAUUGAUGGAAGGAUUCAAAAGGUGGCCUUCAGCAAAUAUUGUAACUCAAGAGACAUUAUGGAACUCUUCUGCAUUGCAACUGGUCUACCAAGGAAUACAACCAUUUCACUUUUCACAGCAGAUGACUGCAUGGUGUCUAUUGAUCCCACUAUGCCUGCAAACUCAGAAAGUACUCCGUACAAAGUAAUACCUAUGGCCACUGGACAGUUAACAGAAAAAGAAGAAUUGAUCCAGAAUUUGCUGGCACAGGUGGUUGAACAAUUCUCAAGGGUAUUUAAAAUCAAUGAACUGAGAACUGAAGUAGCUAAUCACUUGGCAAUGUUGGAGAAAAGAGUUGAAUUGGAAGGAUUGAAAGUAGCCGAGAUUGAAAAGUGCAAGAGUGAUAUUAAAAAGAUGAGGGACGAAAUGGCAGCAAGGAACAGCAGGACCAGCUGUCCCUGUAAAUAUAGCUUUCUGGAUGAAAACAAGAAGCUGAUACCCCGAAGGGAUGUGCCAUCCUACCCCAAGUACAUACUUUCUCAGGAGACAAUUGAAGCUCUUAGGAAACCAACUUUUGAUGUCUGGCUAUGGGAGCCCAAUGAGAUGCUGAGCUGUUUAGAACAUAUGUAUUAUGAUUUAGGGUUAGUGAAAGACUUUAAGAUCAACCCUAUCAUACUGAAACGGUGGCUGCUGUGCAUUAAUGACAAUUAUAGAAACAAUCCAUUCCAUAAUUUUCGACACUGCUUCUGUGUCACCCAGAUGAUGUACAGCAUGAUCUCACUCUGCAGUCUCCAGGUAAAACUUUCCCAAGCUGAUAUCUUAAUGCUAAUGACAGCAUCAGUGUGUCAUGAUCUGGAUCACCCAGGAUAUAACAACACGUACCAGAUUAAUGCCCAAACAGAGCUUGCUGUGCGCUACAAUGACAUUUCCCCACUUGAGAACCACCACUGUGCUGUGGCUUUCCAGAUUCUUGCACAGCCGGAAUGCAACAUUUUUUCCAAUAUCGAGCAGGAACCGUUCAAACGGAUAAGGCAGGGAAUAAUUACUUUAAUCCUAGCAACAGAUAUGGCAAGACACGCUGAAAUACUAGACUCCUUCAAGGCAAUACUGGACAAUUUUGACUAUUCAAAUGAAGAGCAUGUUACCCGGCUGAAGAUGGUACUGAUCAAAUGCUGCGACAUCUCCAAUGAAGUACGCCCAAUGGAAGUGGCUGAACCAUGGGUAGACUGCUUAUUAGAGGAGUAUUUUAUGCAGAGUGACCGGGAAAAGUCUGAAGGCCUUCCAGUGGCCCCUUUCAUGGACCGAGACAAAGUGACCAAACCUACAGCACAGAUUGGCUUCCUGAAGUUUGUCCUUAUUCCAAUGUUUGAAAUCAUAACAAAGCUUUUUCCAGAGGUUGAGGAAGUGUUGCUCCAACCUCUGUGGGAAUCCAGGGACCGCUAUGAGCAGCUGAAGCAAAUAGAUGACAGUAUGAAAGAGUUACACAAGAAGAAGAAUGAAAGUUUGGCCACAGAAGGCAGGGAAAAGUAAGAUGCAAAGCAUAUGACAGGGCAC